UCAGCUCUUGCAAUCUCGCUUUAUCCUCUAUUUCUGUCGCCCUCACAAGAGGGCCUUUUCCAAGGGUCAUUUGCAAGCCUUUUUCUUCAUCCUCAACCCUACAGCUCUCCACUGUCCUCGGCUGCCCUGCAAAACCUACCUGGACGGCCCAUCUAGAUCAUGGACCACCCCCCUCCUCCAGCCCCCUCACCGGGCUGGAAGGUGGCAACCGCGAAAAAACAGAGCGACUCUCCUCGGCGGGGCUUCGGGUGACAUCACAUCCUCCGAAUGCGAAAUCUGCCUCCUCGGCCGUCCGAAGGGCGCAACUUCCCCCCUCGGGGUCCCACCAGCUCCUGCGCGCGUCCGCUCGUGUCGCGCAGCGCCGAGCGCGCCAUGGCCUCUCGGGUGACUGCCCAGCUCCUUCCGCUGGCCCUGCUGCUUCAGGCCGCCGCCGCCGCCGGGCCCAGACGGUUCCGCAUGUCGCCCGGGAAGGUGGACGCCAAGCUCGGCCAGUCGGUGGAGCUGCAGUGCGAGGUGCUGCUAACCAGCGUGACGUCGGGCUGCACCUGGCUCUUCCAGAGGAACGAACCUGCUUCGCGCCCCAUCUUCCUGGCGUACCUCUCCAGAAGCCGGACCAAGUUGGCCGACGGGCUGGACUCCAAUCGGAUCUCGGGCAGGAGGAUUGACGACACCCGCUACGGCCUCACCCUGAACAGAUUCCGCAAGGAGGAUGAAGGCUACUACUUCUGCUCCGUCGUGGGCAACUCCGUUCUGUACUUCAGCUCCUUCGUACCGGUCUUCCUGCCAGUCAAGCCCACCACUACUCCAGCGCCGCGACCACCCACGCCGGCGCCCACCAACGCGUCGCAGGUGUCUCUGCGCCCGGGGACCUGCCAGCCUGCGGCGGGCAGCACAGUGGAAACAAGUGGGCUGGACUUCGCCUGUGAAAUCUAUAUCUGGGCACCCCUGGCUGGGACCUGCGCCUUCCUUCUCCUGUCGCUGGUCAUCACCGUCAUCUGCAACCACAGGAACCGGAGGCGUGUUUGCAAAUGUCCCAGGCCCGUGGUCAGAUCAGCAGGCAAGCCUAGCCCUUCAGAGAGAUACGUCUGACAUGGAGAUGGUCCUCAUGCAACAGCCACUACAAGACCAAAUAAAACUCUCUUUAUGGGGACAGUAACAGUCCUUCCCUUUCAGUUUUUCCAGCUUCCUUCUUUAUGUAUCUGCUCUCAUUAUUAUCUUCAUGGGGGUGGGGUGGGAAGAUGACUUUUUCUUUAGGUGUUUUCCUUAGUUGACACAAAAGAAGACUGUAUGUCUACAGUACACCACAAGGGUUGCGAUACCAUUGUGUGCACGCACUGGGGUAAAGGGUGGGCAGGCCAGAGCUACUGCAAGCCAUGUUCUCAGAAUCUGGUGGUUAGAGCUGGUGGGGGCGUGGGGGGACUUAGCACAGCUCAGCACAAACCUCUUCAGUUGACAUCCAGGGAUGGGAGGCAGCUUGAUCAGAGUCACAGCAAUGUUCAGGGCUCUUCCUCUGACCAUUCAGGUCUUUCUUCUGGAGGCCUCUAUCUCAGGGUGGGGUGGUGUGUCUCAAACCUCAAGGGCACAAGUUAUUUCUUCAGCACCAGUGAUAGACCCGCAGUCCCAAAGAGGUAACGGAAUUAGAGAACUUCUGCCUUUCAGAGUUCGGUAAUGCAGUUGAAUAGUAUCAGACUAUUUUUUAUUAUGAAGUAUGAAACUGCAUGGAGUAGGAAUUCCUCAGAUAAAAUGGAAAGGGUUAACUAAAUCCUGGCAAAUGAAAAAAAAACUGAAAUCUAUAUGGGGCAGGGCAAAAUUGCUCGUCCAGCCCUUGCAUUGCAGAGGGGCCCAUGAUGGAGGGGAGACCACUCCUUUCUUUACAAGUGUGAUUUGAGCGUCAGCACAGUUGAACAGAAGUCCUCUUGCACCUCUCAACUUGAGACACCGUAUCUGAACACGCCCCUGGACCCUUGACUUCUGCCAGUUUGUAAGGGCAACGUUGCUCCAGAGCUGCCAGCACAGGCCAUAGCCUUCCCUCCAACUGGCCCCGGCCCCACCCCCCAUCCCCUUACAGAUGUAGGGACGUGGCAGAACAGACUCUGGUAAGGAAGCUAAGAGCUGAACUUGCUGCCCUACAUCCACAGUUCCUCUCUUAUGUACGUGAGCAAGCAGUGAGUGAAUGCUCCUUGGAAGAAAAAACAUAGAUAAGGAAAUAAGAAUUAGCCGUAAUUCUUUGUCUCAGGUAUAGUCCAUUGUUAAUAUUGUGGUGUACAUUCUCCCUGAUUAUUGUCUAUGCAUAUGAGGGACAUACUUCUGUUUUUAAAAAAUGGGACUGCACUAUGUGUUUAUAAAUGGCUUUAAUAAAUGAACAUUUAUGGCAUACUA